AAACCAAAUUCCUGAGCAGUAAAAAGAGCAAGUGCUUGUGUGUGAAGAAACAGCCCCUCCGAGACCAGCACGUUUUAAGGAGAUGCAUGUUAUCUCUAUACCAGGGGUGUCAAACUCUAGUCCUUGAGGACAGCAGGGUCUUCUGGUUUUCAUUCCAGUUUCAAGCGCUCAGUUAACAGAACUGAGUAUUUGUUCAAUUGGACAUAUAUUUCUUUUUUUUUUUUUUCAAGGUCUUUACAGAUCAUGCCAGGGUUGGGGGUUAAUUCCUCUUUCUCAAUUCCAGUUCUUUUUUUAAAAUCAUUUCCCAACUCCAGUUGGUAUUCUAGAGACGAGAUAAUAACAGUUGUGAUUGUUCAACUGCUUUCACUCGAAGCCUAUUUAAUUGGCUCUAACAGGCGGUGACUUCAGUUGAAGUAAUCUGUUGCCACUGUGAGAAGCUGCUUCAUUUUGUACCAGAAUGUUGCUAAUUGCAUUUUUGAUUGCAGUGGUGCGUUGGGAUUGAUUAAAAGGGAAUUGGAAUCGGGAAUUGAUCCCAGUCUUGGAUCGUGCUGUCUUUGUGGAAUCCACAGACACUGGAUCAAAUGCUUCGGACCCAGAAAACUAAACUUAAAAAAACCCCAAAAAAUCCUGCAGACAAACACCAGUCACGUAGUGUAAUCUUAACGAACUCAUAUUGUUUAAACAUGCGUAAUAGUGCAUUAGGGAUACACACAUCUCUGCUUGAAACAGAGAUAAGUAAGAUUGUAGGUCAAACACAUUUCUGUGUUUCUGACGUGCUAUAGUUACCGUACCACAGGAAGCCAGUAUCUCUUUAAAAGCUGCUGGUUCAGCGCAUUUCCUCCCACAUGUUGUCUUCAAGACUACCAGAUAUAUCUUUCGAGGCUGCAGGAGAAAAAAAAAAUCUGAUAAUGUCCCUCAUUUUUUUAUUAAAAAAUAAAAUAAAUGCCAAUUUAACUGAAUUGCAGAUACUACUGUAUUUCUGUUUUGAGAUAGUAGUGCUCAUGUUUUUGAAAGGAUGUUGUGAGAGUGUGUGUAGACCAACAGGAUAGCAUGGCAGCCACAGCAGCUGUAAGCCCUAGUGAGUACCUGCAGCCGUCUGCAACAACAGCACAGCAAGAUUCCCAGCCCUCUCCCCUUGCUAUGCUGGCAGCGACAUGCAGUAAGAUAGGACCUCCUGCAGCUCAAGCCCCAGCAAGCACCACACCAGCCCAGCCCGCUACCAGGAGACUCCACCCCAUCAAACCCGCCCCCAUUGCCCCGGCGCCCCCUAAAAACUACGGCUUCCUGUCCGCCAAAGGGAACGUCAUACAGAUCCCCGCGGGCCUGGGCGCCUCCAACACAGCCGGCGCUCCCCUUGUGUUUACCAUCCAGAACCCUCCUGUGCUGGGCAAGGGCACGGGCUCCAACGCCAGCAUCCAGUACCAGGUGGUGCCUCAGUUUCAGACGGCCAGCGGGCAGACGAUACAGGUUUCCGGCGUGCCCCAAAGCGGGCACAGCCAGAUACAGAUCAUUCCCGGCACCAACCAAGCCAUCAUCACCACCACGCAACCCCCUCCCCCCGGAGCCCAGCAAAAGACAGUGGCUAUCAAGCCCUCGCAGAAGGGGCAGAGCUCCGCCGGCAUGGUCAAGCUGCCCUGUGGGUUAACGUUGCCCCUCAACAGCUUCAUCGGGGACGGAGGCACGACCCAGUUCAUCACGGAAGCUGCUCCCGUUUCUCCUGUUAAGACAACAAGGAGGUCUAGGAAGAAACUGGCGGCGACACAAGCAGUAGCCAUGGCUCAGCCUCAGCAGCAGCAGCAGCAGUCUAUGGCUGUAGCAGAGCAAGUGGAGACCUUGCUGAUCGAGACCGUGGGAGAUAACUUCAUCCAGGCUGGAAACAACUUGCUGAUCUUGCAGAGCCCCGGAUCGGGCCAGCCAGCGGUGCUGCAGCAGGUCCAGCUUCAGCAGCCUCAGCAGCAGCAGCAUGUGGUCCAGAUCCCACAGCAAGCCCUCAAGGUGGUGCAGGCUGCCUCCGCCACACUGCCCACAGUGCCACACAAACCCUCCCAGAACCUGCAGCUGCAGACCGCAGCAGAACCAACUCAGGUCCUUAUUAAAACUGCUUCUGGGGAGUGGCAAGCGAUUCAGGUGCAGGAAGCCACCCCGAUGGCCAGCUCUGGAGGCGUGGGCACAACGCUAAGUCUUGCGUCCGGGGGCGGCAAAAGGGGGGGUCCCGGGGGACGGAAAGAAAGGACCUUCCCUAAAAUCGCCCCAGCCGGGGGGCUUAUCUCUCUGAACACAUCCGCGCAGGGAGUGCAGACCAUCAAUAUCAACGGAGUGCAAGUGCAGGGUCUGCCCGUCACUAUCACCAGCGCUGGAGCAGGACAGCAGCACCUGACAGUCCAGACAGUUUCUGGAAACAACCUGACAAUCAGCGGUCUGAGUCCCACCCAGGGGAACCUGCAGGUGGAGCACGCGCUGGCUCUGGAGAUCCAGGGGCAGCCCGGGGAGAAGAAACGACGCAUGGCCUGCACCUGCCCCAACUGCAAGGACGCGGAGAAAAGGCCGGGGGAGCUGGGAAAAAAGAAGCACAUCUGCCACAUCCCGGGGUGCGAGAAGACUUUCCGCAAGACUUCUCUGCUGCGGGCUCACGUGCGUCUGCACACGGGGGAGCGGCCCUUCGUCUGCAACUGGGUGUUCUGCGGGAAGCGCUUCACACGCAGCGACGAGCUGCAGAGACACGCCAGGACGCACACAGGAGACAAGCGCUUUGAGUGCUCACAAUGCCAGAAGCGUUUCAUGAGGAGUGACCACCUCACCAAGCAUUACAAAACUCACAUGAACACCAAGAACUUGUGAAACGAAAAAUAUAUAUAUAAUAUAUUUUUUAAAGAAAAAAGAAAAGAAAAACAAAACAAAAAAAAAAAAAAAAAAAA